AUGGGCAUCAACAACCCCCUUCCGUCCUCCAUGCAAUCGGAGUGUAAAAAGUGCGGCAAGAUCCUCGCCUCCUUCAUUAACCCGCGGCAAGCUUUCGGUCCCGAAAAGGUCAUCCCGCCCUCUAUCCUCGCCAACGCCAAGGGCCUCGCUAUUAUCACCGUCCUCAAGGCCGGCUUCCUCGGCAGCGGGCGCUUUGGCAGCGGCCUUGUCGUUGCGCGUCUGCCUGACGGUUCCUGGAGCGCGCCCAGCGCCAUCGCUACCGCCGGCGCCGGCUUCGGCGGCCAGAUCGGCUUCGAGCUCACCGACUUUGUCUUCAUCCUCAACGACUCCAGCGCCGUCAAAACGUUUGCGCAAGCCGGCUCCCUCACCCUCGGCGGGAACGUCUCGCUGGCUGCGGGGCCGGUCGGUCGCAACGCCGAGGCCGCGGGCGCCGCCUCCCUCAAGAGCGUCGCGGGCAUCUUCAGCUACUCUAAGACGAAGGGCCUCUUUGCCGGCGUCUCGCUAGAAGGCUCCGCAAUCAUCGAGCGCCGUGACGCCAAUGAAAAGCUCUACGGCACGAGGUAUACCGCGCAGCAGCUGCUUACGGGUGCUGUGCCGCCGCCUCCGCAGGCCGGACCCCUCAUGAACGUCCUGAACUCGCGCGUCUUUAGCGGAAUGCGCGCCGGCACGAGCAUGAGUGACGAGUCCAUGUACAACGAUGUCCCGACGUACGGCGACAGCCGCGACGACUUUGAUCGCUUCAACAACGGCACCGGUGGUGGCAACGCGCCAAGACGAACGAGCACAUGGCAGGACGACGUCUACGACCGACCCGCCGGCUACAACGCGCCUGCAAGGGCCGGAACCUUUGCCUCAAACCAUGGCGCUGAUAGCAGCAACACCAACAGCAAUGGCUACUACGACAAUCCCCCCUCGGACCGCAAGCAGGCCCCCGGCCGCCCGUCGGCACCCAAGCCGACCUUCAACACGGCCGCGUCCCUCAACAAGAACGAGGCCAUCGCCCUAUACAACUUUGAUGCGGACCAGCCCGGCGACUUGGGCUUCAAAAAGGGCGACGUCAUUACGGUUCUGAAGAAGACAGACAGCGAUAACGACUGGUGGUAUGUCUACGGUGCCCCUCUCCCCGUCCUGUCAACUCUCACCACAGGGCCAACACAUACGCAGCCUUGA